AUGAAAAAAAAAGCGCCGUCAAAAAAUCAAGACGGGCGAGUUGUUUCGUCCUGUGUGCGUGUCUUGACUAACAAACUCCGCAUUAAGCGAACAAAGACACCGUUCAUUGGAUAUCAGUUUUUUCCCGUCCAGGGGCUGAUGGCGACCAACGCGGUCCAUCCCAAACCCCGCACCCGAGACCCCGUUCCCACCGGAGGUUUAUGUGGGAAAGCACACGUGCCAGAGGAUGAUGCCGGAUCUAAGCUUUCUUUAAGCAUCUGA